UGCAUCUGUCAGCCAGAGGUGAACAUGGCAGACAUCUCGGAGAGGACACUUCAAGUCGCCGUCGUGGCUUCGUUCGCAGCCGGCUUCCUGGCGGGGUGGCAGGCCAACAGAAUGAGAAGAAAGUUUCUGGACUGGAGGAAGAAACGGCUGCAAGAUAAGCUGUCGGAAACACAGAAGAAGAUAGACUUGUCUUAAAUGGUUUGGGGCUGUCUGGUUUGGAUGAACACAGUCUACUUUGAUGCUGGAUCCUGAAUGUUCUGCACAUCUGUGUCUGUCACCGUGGAGAGGGAACCUCUAGAUAACCUGUCUGUGUCCUGCACUCACUACAUUUUCCUAGCUCACCUUUUUAAAUCAAGACAAUGAUGUUUACUAAACUCUGUGGAGUCAGACAUUUGAGACACUCACAUGGAAGUUGUUGGGGCUCUGGCUUCAGUGGUUUACAGCCCUAACAUGUCUCUGUCUCUAUCUGUUUCAUAUCUGGUCAAAUAAAUUAUUGUGUUUUUCA